UGAAUUCGCCAUAAAACUACUAAUUUUCUUUGGAAUUGCUAUCCAAAUUGUUAGUUAUUUUUAUAUCAGCUUUUGUUGGUCUGACUUUCUUUUCAAGAUUCUUGCGUUUGAGUCUUUGUUCGAUCUUAGCGAUAAGCGAGGUUGGACUAAGCUUAGAACGCAAAUGUAUUUAGACCACAUAUACAGGCCGCUGGGUAUUGUGGCUCACUACAGCUGCAGCAAAUCUUCCAUGGGAUGACCUCUUCUUGCAAGAAUUUAUUCGCUUACCGCAAUGUAUUUUGCGAUUAUAGAGUUGAACUGCUCCACACUUUUGUUGACCUCAUCAUGAAUUAAAUUCACUACAUUCGUAAUUAAAAUGGUCGCAUAUGACCCUUUAUUGUCCAUUAUCAGCCUUGAUAAAAAAAGGCACUCAAGAACAAUCACACCAACAACAAUUCAACAACACAAUAUCGAAGAACAGUAACAAGCGGAGAAAAAUACUAAAUGAUCACUUGCUGAGUACCAAAAUAAGAAACGAUUUACUUCUAGAUCGAAAUCCGACUCUGUUAUUCUAAAAAUUUACCUUGGUAUGCACCCGCAGUAAUCCUUUCCUCUUUUAAAGUAGCGCCGACGACCGUCUAGGCCCAACCCACCCUCGUUUCCUUUUCACCCCCCCAUUACCUCAGCAGAUGGUGGUAGUGAUUGUAGGAGCCCCGUUAAGGCAGAACCAAUAAGGUGGGACUUGUAUUAUGUGCUGCACAAGGCAGGAACUCUGCUUCAAAAAAUGAUUUAGCAUAAGACUGUAUGCAACACUUUGACAUGACUUAUCGAUUCCAAUAAAAUAAGUAAUUCUACUAUAGUAUUAAAUAUUCUUAAACUGUAUCAUAGUUAACGUAAUCUAUAUAAAAUUAAGGUUUCAAAUUGAUUGAUAAUGCCAAAUUAUUCAUUGAAUCUGUGCUUUUUAUGACUAAAGUAUUGUUGACCUGAUAGUGACUUUCAUUCAGGUGGGAUGUUUUGCCUUAUCAGAGCCUGGCAAUGGUUCAGAUGCUGGGGCUGCCUCAACAACAGCUAAAGAUGCUGGUGACCACUAUAUUUUAAAUGGGGCAAAAGCUUGGAUAACUAAUGGUUAUGAAAGUGAAGCUGCAGUUGUAUUGGCCACUACUGACAAAAGUUUGAAACACAAAGGGAUUUCAGCAAUAAUAGUGCCAAAACCAACUGAAGGAUUAGAAUUAGGCAAAAAAGAAGACAAACUAGGCAUAAGAGGUUCUUCCACUUGUACACUCAUGUUUGAGAAUUGCAAAGUCUCCAAAGAAAAUUUGCUGGGAGAACUUGGAUUUGGUUUCAAGGUUGCAAUGAUGACUCUAGAUGCAGGUAGAAUAGGAAUUGCUGGACAAGCAUUAGGCAUUGCUCAAGCAGCUCUAGAAGUAGCUGCAGAAUAUGCAUCAAAAAGGCUGGCAUUUGGAAAACCCCUCACCAAAUUGCAAACAAUCCAGAACAAACUAGCAGAUAUGUCCUUCCAGUUGGAAUCAGCAAGAUUGUUGACGUGGCGAGCUGCAUGGCUGAGAGAUAACAAGCAACCUUAUACAAAAGAGGCUGCAAUGGCUAAAUUGGCUGCAAGUGAAGCUGCCACAUUCAUUAGUCAUCAAUGUAUACAAAUUUUAGGAGGAAUGGGGUAUGUUUCUGAUAUGCCAGCAGAGAGGCAUUACAGGGAUGCAAGAAUAACGGAAAUAUACGAGGGUACAUCUGAAAUUCAAAGGAUGGUUAUUGCAAAUUGUUUACUUAAAGAAAUGGGCCUGAACUAAAAUCUUACUCUGUAUAUUCACAAAAGUUACAUGAGGAUUUGGUGGCAAAAAAGUAAAACCAUAUUGUUGAUGAUGACAUGCAUCUGUUUAAUUUUAUGUACAAAUAAACAAAUCUCAGAUUUGACGAUUCAUACAGCAGUUACUUUGUGUUCUCAACAGGAAAACUAAUAGCUGAUAAUUUGCAUCAUUUUCAACAUCAUGAGCAAUAUAUGGUUCAGUGCCCACCACCAAAAUUGUGUAUUUUAUAAGACAAAAAACAUUUUACAUAUGCAAUUUGGUCAGACAACAUACAUAAUCAUGAGAAUAUUUUAUUUAUAGGAUAGUUCGAUAGUUGAUAGUUUAAGCUUAGGGAAAAUAUUUGUCAAUUUUGUGAAUUCUUAUGUAAUGUGUUUAGUGUGACUUUAUAUUUAUAAAUCUUUUUAUAUCAUAGUUCUGCGUUCAUAGGACAUAUUUUUAGUUGUUUGGAAGUAACAUUUUAGGAAUGCAAAAAAUGAAAAAGAUAAAAACCAUGUAAGAAUUAAAUAUUUUUAUAUGACAAAUAUUAAUAUAUACGAGUAUGACUUUACAACAUGAUAUUGUUAUAUCUGAUUUUUGCGACAAAUAAAAUUUGUUAUAAUUUUAAAAACAGCUUUAUUAUAUAAAUUAAUUUUGAGAAUGCAAAUUACACGAGACUCGAAAUAAAUUUGUCUAUUAUAUAAAAUUGCG